AUGCCAUUAAACAUAGAUCACCUGUUAAAGAUGAUAUCUAAUUUAGCAAAUUUUUUUGAUGUUAUCCUUCAAUCAACGAAUGUAUCUUCUACAAUGACUCAGGCGAAAUCAAAUAUACCAUUAUUUUCGACUAGCAAAAUAUCAUCAACAGCAACAACAAAUGUAAAACCGUUAAAUUCUGAUCUGAAUUCAUCAUUGAGUCUGUUGAUCGAUAAUUUAGAUAUGAAUAAUCGGGCAACCGCACUGAAAAAAGAUCAUGAGUAG